CAAGUGCAAUGGCUCGUACUCCGAUUUUGUGUUGGAUAAUUAUUUAAUAAUAAAACAAUUGUAUUUCAUACAAGCAUAUCCUUAAAUACAGUAUUGUGUAGUGUAAUAAAAAUGAUGAAGUCUAGAAUUUUGUUUGGAUUGGUUGGUGUUUCAUGUGUGUUAUUGACAUGGAUCUUUGCACAACUAUACCAUGAACUCUUGAACGCGUAUGAACAGUCUGGAAAGCUCAUGGUUAUGGAAUACACAUGGUUUUUCAGACUGUUGUUAAAUCUGGCAGGCUAUGCGACGGUUUUGCUGCCUGGAUUUAUUUUAUACAAAUAUUUGGACAAAUCAAACUAUUUCGAUAAGAUAGGAAACACGAGUUGCAUAUCAAGAACAUUAUUCGCAUGUUUUGGCGACCCUGGUGAGCGGAUACCAGACACAGUGAAGUUGACCAAAGUUGAUGAGAAUACGUCACGGGAGGGCGUUGAGCUGGCCUUCUGUUUUACGGGGCUCAUGGGGGCAUACCUCGUAUGGGGCUUGUUGCAGGAGAAGAUAAUGACACAGAACUAUGUGAUGCCCGAUGGGACCCUGAUAAAGUUCAACGACUCUCAAUUCCUGGUGUUCAUCAACCGGUUGUCAGCGUUCCUGAUCGCGGUGGUCAGGCUAUUGUGCACUCACCAGCCGCUGGUCGCCGCUCCACUCUACAAAUUCUCCUACUGCUCAAUAACUAAUAUAAUAAGUGCAUGGUGCCAAUACGAGGCGUUGAAGUAUGUUAGCUUUCCAACACAGGUGCUAUCAAAAUCAUGUAAAGUCAUACCUGUGAUGCUGAUGGGUAAAUUGAUUUCAAGGAAGAAGUACGAAUUCUACGAAUAUGUGAUGGCCGUACUAAUCUCGAUUGGAAUGAUCCUCUUCAUCUUCGGCAGCCAUGAUGACUCCACAGUGUCGACAGUGACCACGAUGUCAGGUCUUACCCUGCUGUCGUUGUACAUGCUGUGCGACAGCUUCACAUCUUCAUGGCAGGGCGCUCUCUUCACGCGCUACAACUGUACGUCGCUACAGAUGCUUUGCGGCGUUAACUUGUUCUCGUGCGUGUUGACUGCGUCUGCGCUUGCGCAGCACAACACAACUAUCUACUCAUUAAGACUGUUGCAGCAUCCGGUGUUCGCAUUCGACUGUGUAUUACUAAUGGCAAGUUCUGCUGUCGGCCAAUUGCUUAUAUAUCGCACUAUAGCGCGAUUCGGCGCUGUGGUCUUCACUAUUAUCAUGACACUUAGACAGGCGGUAUCAAUACUUCUCUCAUGUCUAGUCUAUGGGCACGUGAUAUCUGUGGGCGGGGUGCUUGGAGUGAUGCUCGUGUUCUUAGCCGUUUUUCUAGGAGUAUAUUGCAGGCAGCGACUGCGCAAGCGCAGGGCUGCCAAUGUAUAGCAGGAGUGUACUCUCUCAGAGAGUGAAAUUGCAGACAUUAGACGUUAUGCACAGUCAGUGUACAGAUGUAUACAGAAUCCUUAUUAAGUGAUAAAAAAUAAUUGUUUCAACGAAUGUUGUUGACAGUUUUAAUGUCUAUUCUUAGUGUAGUGAUCGCGUGAAAUGGAAAUGUAAACAGAGUACUAUGGGUCAUAUUGCUUUUAAAGCGGCUACACACGGUUCUCUUUAAAUAUUGUAGUACCAUUUUAACACUGUGUGUAGAGGUUUUGUGGCGAUAUUGUAUCUAUAUUUAUUUAUUUAUUCUGUGUAUGAAAGUAGCACAUAUCGAAACUGUAUUUCAAUAUCUGUGUAUAGGCGAUAUCCAUAUCAUAUAAUGCCAAUACCAACUAUAUUUCUUUAAAAUCGAGAAUUCCUCUCACAAUGUGAUUUAGAUAUUGUUGGAAUUCUGUUAUGUAGGUACUAUAAUGACAUAUAUAUAUAUAUCAUCGGUAUAGCCGAUAUCUUAUACAAUAUUAGUGUACCAUUAAAUAUGUAUAUUGGUUCAAAUAUAUAAAUAGUGAAAUUUAUACAAUUACACGAUUUAUAUAUUUAAUAUAUAUUUGUAGUAACUACAAAGUAUCAUGUCUUAUUACUUAUAUAUAUAUUUUAAUAUUUGUAUGACAAUCAUUCGUAUUUAGUAUAAUAUCUAUCUAAACUUAACCUGAUU